UGAGCUGACAAUGCGUAAAAUAUACCAUCGACACCUGCAUCUACUGCCGUGACAAUGGCCGUCUCUUUCUUCUCAGCUAUGAGACCUGAGAUGUCUCUCGGUGCUUGGCUUGUUUUCCUGCUGCUUCCACUCUUACACAAGACACACGGACAAGGUUUGGUGGUGGACUUCAAGAUCCUGGAAGAGGAGAACUCUGGGAGCUACGUGGGCAGCAUCGCCAGCGACAGCGGCCUGUCGCAGUACGUGUCUCAGGAGGAAUUCAGCAGUCUACGUUACAACUUCCUGGAUCUCGACAACCCCAAAGCCACCUCUCUAUUCAGUAUUAACAUGGGGACAGGCGAUAUAUACACAACUGCUGUGAUCGACAGGGAAAAAGUAUGUGCCUUUUACACGGUGUGUGUAAUAUCUUUUGAUGUAACAGUUACAUCAUCAAUGACGUCAUUUUUCCAGAUCGUCACUGUUAAGGUGACCAUCGAAGACCGCAAUGACAACAAUCCACAGUUCCCAAAAGAUCAUAUCACGUUGCAUGUCUCAGAGGCAGCAACAUCUGGGACGUCUUUCAGAAUAGAAGGUGCUAAAGACAGGGACAAGGGUCCCAAUAACUCGGUAAAGAGUUAUGAACUGAGGUCUGAUUCUGACGAGUUUGCGCUGAAGGUUGAGGGGAGGCCAGAUGGAACAUCCAGUCUCAGAGUCGUGGUGAGGCGGACUCUGGACAGAGAGAAGCGGGACCGAUACCAGCUCUUCAUAUACGCCAUGGACGGAGGAGAACCGCCACUUAUAGGCAAUCUCACAGUCAAUGUCGUUGUCCUGGACGAGAACGAUAAUGCCCCCAUGUUCUCGCAAAACAUGUACGACUUCAAUAUUCCUGAGAACACUGAAAUAAAGCACAUCUUCGGCAGUGUCACGGCAACAGAUAAGGAUAUUGGUUUGAAUGGAAACAUCAGCUAUCGUUUCAGUCCUGAACGCAGCAGCGAGGUUGUGAAGUUUUUCGCGCUGGACGAUCGGACGGGUCGACUCAGUGUGAUAGGUCAGCUGCAGUAUGAAGCAGGAGAACAUUUUGAGACUAUCAUUGAAGCAUUCGAUCACGGUGACCCUCCUCUAGAGUCGCAGGCCAUAGUGCUGUUUCACGUCGAGGACAUGGGAAACAAUCCUCCUCGGGUCCACAUCAGUCCAGUGUCCUCAGGCGUUGGAGACAUGAUUCUCAUGUCAGAAGGGUCCAGGGUUGGUACGGUGGUCGCCCACAUCAGAGUCAUUGAUAAGGAUGAAGGUCGCAAUGGAAUUGUAGCGUGCCGGAGCACCAACGAUCAAUUUUCUCUGCACGUCUUGGAACGACGAGGUUAUAUUAUUCAGCUGAAAAAGAAGCUUGAUCGAGAGCUAAAUGAGGAACUGAAUAUAUCAGUUUCCUGCUAUGAUUCGGGAUCUCCGAGUCUAGAAACUACUGCAGGGCUUCUUGUUCGUGUUACUGAUGAGAACGACAAUCCGCCAGUGUUUCAGAAAGACACGUAUGUAUUUAAUCUCUUAGAAAACAACCAGAUCGGUGAUUUGGUUGGGACUGUCUAUGCUGUGGAUAAUGAUAUAGGACAGAACGCCAUCCCUGUGUACUUUCUGAACAUGGACAAUGGUGGAAUGUUUAGAAUAGACCACGAUACUGGAGAUAUAGUAGCCAAUGCUAACUUCGACAGGGAGACUGUUUCUGAGAUGACCUUCACCGUCAGGGUUCGAGACGAGGGGGAGAAACCGCUGACUAGCACAGCCACGGUGAUCGUCAACAUUAUGGAUCGUAACGAUAACAGGCCCAUCUUCGUGGAUUCUACGCUCGUGUUCAAUGUUUCGGAAGACAUGUUUCCAGGUAGUUUUGUGGGUCAGCUUUUCGCCACUGAUGAUGAUAUAGGCAAAAACGCCGAGUGCGAAUUUCUGAUGCAGGUCGAUGGAAACGUUCUUCCUUUCGUUGUAUUUUCUGACGGAGUGAUCCGAACAGACCGGAAGUUACACCGAGACGUCAUGGAUAGGUACACGCUGGCUGUUCUGGUGAAGGACAACGGGUCGCCAUCUUUAACCUCCACGGCUCGAGUCAUCGUCAACGUCGUCGAGGCCAACAGCCACGUCCCGUAUUUUCUGUUUCCAAACGAAAGGAACCACACCAUCAGCGUUCCGAUGGAUGCAGAACCUGGCAGUAUAGUUACCCAGCUUCAAGCUGCAGAUGAGGAUGAAGGUAAAAACGGAGUUGUGUCAUAUUCUAUCACAAACGGAAAUGUGAAAGAUGCGUUUCGUAUAAAUGCCGACACCGGUGAGAUAAUGUUAACACGAAAGCUCAACAAAUCCGACCCGCCUUCCAUCAUCCUCACCGUCGCCGUGCACGACAACGGCGGCCCUCCGCUCGUGACUCAGAACAACCUCAUCAUCAACUUCUUUCCAGCGAAUACCUCCCUUGCGGAUACGGCGGGCAAGGAGAAUCUCAUGUACAUCAUCAUCGCCGGGGCAGUAGGGGGACUCACUGUUGUGGUGUCGAUCAUCGUGGCCGCUGUCAUCAUUCAGAUGAAGAGGAAUGACGCAUCGAGGGACGAGCACUCCAUAGCGAUCCAGGAGCAGGGGGAUGACGCCAGGACGUUCGACAAGCAGCUGUGGCACAGCGUGCCGGCGGAUGACGCCAGUGUAGGCUCGGUGGAGGACAAUGAGAAGAAGAUUGACGACAUUCUGAAGGGGAAGAUGGGCGACAAGACGAGUUUCUCCUUCCACAACGGGUCCGACCACGAGGACCCGUAUCUGAAGAAGCUCAACUCAGACCAGUACGGAAUGAAACAGUUCUACACAUUCAGAAAGUGUCCUUCCCAAGCUGCUAGUGAAGAUUUCCACAGCGACACGUCAGGGGAGACAACUACCAGCGACAGUGGAAGAGGCGGAAGUGACGAAGACACUCAUCUGUCAUGCGUUCCGGAAAUCGCAGAAGAAGUUGACGACCCCCAACAGGAAGUGACGUCAUUCAGGAGGCUCUCGUCAUCUCAGUCCGACAAUAUCAUCGGCAUCACCAGCUUCAACCCAGACGGCGGGACCCUGACCUUCGAAACAUUCGUGCCUCGCAACCACCAGUCUCGGUUCAAGCCUCCAGUGACGACGGCCAUCCCAGCCCGAGACCCGUACCAGCAGAAACAGUUCACCAAGUGCGUCAGUCCCUUCGACGACCCACUGCAGGCGAAGCGGGCCAGUCUGGGCAAGAGAGUCACGUUCGCGUCUGACGCGCUGACUCAGAAGAACCUACAGAAUCUGGAGCGCUACCUCCACAUCAGAGAGGGCAAACCUCCGGGAAACAAGUUCGCCUUCGUUCACCAACAUCCAGAGAUUUUACCGGCUAACACCGAGUUGGUGGCGCACGCCGGAAGUUGGUAUCCUCGGUUGUCUCGCAAUAUGGACGAUGACGACAACACAACUACUUCCGGUAGCUACACUCUCGGUUCGGAAGACAUUGACGAAAUGUUUUGUGACAAUUAUCAUUCAGUUUCGUGAAUGGAUAGGUUUUGUUUUUUUCUGCAGUGCAUAAAUGAGGUUGGACACGAAUUGUGUUUGACGCUCUAUAAAAUAUCACUUUGUUCGCAGUGGUACACAGCAUUGUGUUCAAGAUGGAAUUGUCUUGAAGAACACACAACGAAUGCCUUGUGUUUGAUAACAGAACUUACAGUUAAACUUGUGUUAAAGCCGCCAUCACGUCUCACAUCCUGUAAAAUUGUUUUAAAAUGCAAAACACUAACACAACUCUAUAUAUAAUAUAUUCGCGUGUUGUCGCAGUAAAGAAUAUCAGCUAGUUCCGUCGUGUCAGUCUUGGUAUGGCAAAUACAGUUACAUUAAGGUUAGACAUCAUGGCUAACACAAAACGUAAAAUGGCGCCUCAUGGUAAGAAAAUUGGCAUGAAUAAAUUUUGUUUUGUUUAACGACACUACUAGAGCACAUUGAUUUAUUAAUCAUCGGCUAUUGGAUAUCAAACAUUUUGUAAUUUUGACAGUCUUAAGGAGGAAAUCCGCUACAUUUUCUAUUAGUAGCAAGGGAUCUUGUAUACGCACCAUCCCAUAAACAUGAUAGCACAUACCACGGCCUUUGAUAUACCAGUCGCGGUGCACUGGCUGGAACCACAAAUAGCCCAGUUGGCAUGUACAGUACAUUCCAAAUAUUUAAGUAUUAGAAAUAUACCCAAGAGUGUUACUUUAAGCAACAAUCUAUUGGAAUAUCAAAUUGUGAUAGUUUACACAAGGUGGCUGCAUACUACAGGUCAGUUAAUACUCUGAUAUAUGAUGUCUGAUUCUUUGAACUAGUUUAGUAACACAAUGACUGCUUUACGGAGGUGUUCCCUUUACCAGGUUUGACUGUACAUGCUCACCACCGGUUUGUAGGUAGGUUGUUAUACAGAGGUGACCGCUUUAGCAGGUUUGACGGUACAUGCUCACCACCGGUGUCGAGGUAGACAGGUUGCUAUCGAACCAACGAAUGCAAUUAAAAGCUCAACAUAGCGAAUUUUCUACCUCACUCCCUUUGUUAUCCAACAGUGUAUCAUCUUGUACAAAGUUUAUAUAUUAAUGUACGUUCUGCUCAUAUUAAUGAAAUGACCUGGCAUCGUGUUUAUGGAAUAUGUAAUCAUUUCGGCUAAUUUUCCA